AUGGCAUUCCAUUCCAUUGCUUUGAUCUUCGUGUUUCAGCUAUUGCAAAUCCCCGAAAUUGAUGCUAAAGUUUCAUCGAUUAUAGUGUUUGGCGAUUCUACAGUGGAUUCCGGGAACAAUAACUUUAUCGCUACAGUUUUGAAAAGCGAUUUCAGGCCUUAUGGUCGGGAUUUUGACGGCGGUCAAUCCACAGGACGGUUUUCCAAUGGACGGGUUCCGACAGAUUUCAUCUCCGAAGCUUUCGGAUUGAAACCAACCGUGCCUCCAUACUUGGAUCCAGCUUACAGUAUAAAGGAUUUUGCUUCAGGAGUUUGUUUUGCAUCAGCUGGAACUGGCUAUGAUAAUGUUACCUCUAGGGUGCUUUCUGUAAUACCUCUGUGGAAAGAACUCGAAUACUUCAAGGAAUACAAAAGCCGACUGGAAGGCUAUCUGGGUAGAAAGAAGGCAAAGAAAAUCUUGACAAAAGCUCUAUACAUUAUCAGUAUGGGCACGAAUGAUUUCUUAGAAAACUAUUACGUGCUUCCACACAGAUCAUUCGAGUUUUCUCCAGAGGACUACCAGAAGUUUUUAGUUGGCAUAGCACGAUCCUUCAUUACCGAGAUUUACCACCUUGGAGCACGAAAAAUAUCCUUAACUGGACUCCCUCCAAUGGGCUGCUUGCCACUGGAGAGAACACUAAAUUGGGGAAAUUGUGUAGCAAGGUACAAUUAUGUGGCCAGGGAGUUUAACCAGAAGUCGAAAGCAUUAGUUGAAAUACUGAAUGACGAGCUUUCUGGAAUUCAACUGGUGUUCUCAAAUCCAUACUAUAUUCUUUACAAGAUCAUUCGGGAUCCUCAGUCUUUUGGAUUCGUAACUGCAGCAACUGCUUGCUGUGGGACUGGAAGAUUUGAGAUGGGUUAUCUGUGCAACGAACAUGAUCCCUUUACGUGUACAGAUGCGAAUCAGUACGUAUUUUGGGAUUCAUUCCAUCCUACGGAGAAAACAAAUGGCAUACUAGCACAUCAUGCUGCCAGAACAUCUCUUGCGAUAUUUAAAUAG